ACAAAGGUGAAGCAGGGAGUCCAGGAUUACCCGGCUUCCCAGGUCCAAAAGGGCCAUCGGGUCCGUCUGGUCCAAUUGGCCCAGAGGGCAAACAAGGCAUGUCAGGAAAACCAGGAGACAGAGGACAGAAGGGAGAAAAGGGUGAUAAUGGAAUAAAAGGAGACAAAGGACCCGUUGGUGAUCCGGGCAUUCCGGGUAACCCUGGGCCUCCCGGCAGGAAGGGUCACACAGGAAUGAUGGGCAUGUCGGGACCCCCAGGGGAAGUGGGUCCCUCUGGGCCCCCUGGUUCUCCAGGACAGUCGGGUCUCCCAGGUCUCAGAGGUGAGACGCCAUCCCUGGAACAAAUGCGGCGGCUCAUUCAAGAGGAACUCUCCAAACAGUUGGAUGCUAAGUUAGCUUACCUCAUGGCUCAAAUGCAGCCUGCGCAUAUCAAGAGCUCAGUUGGCCGCCCCGGUCCGCCUGGUUCGGCAGGUAAAGAUGGACCUCCUGGCCGACAAGGUCCAUCUGGAGAGCCUGGAAUACCUGGACAAAAUGGAGCAGAAGGAUCCAGAGGUCCAGUUGGUCCUAAAGGGUGA